AUGGAGAUGGCACGAGUGAGAGGCGCGACUCGAACUCAUUCUUGGAACAGGACAAUAAAAUAUGCUGUUGACCCACAUGUGGGGACCUCAGGACACAGAGCACAUCUCCACCUGCAGCGGACUGUGAUUUUCCUGGUUGUGCUCUCCAUACAGCCGCAGGCUGUUUGGGCGGUGGGGAUGUUCGAGCUUCAGAUCCGUCACUUCCAGAAUCUCCAUGGACUGCUGCAUAACGGGGCGUGCUGUGACCCCCAGGCCAACGAGGGUCAGCGGUGCUCUGCCAGGGACCAGUGUGACACGUAUUUCCACGCGUGUCUGAAGGAAUACCAAGCCAGGGUUAUCCCCACUGGAGCCUGCACCUUUGGGACGGGCAGCACGGGGGUCCUGGGCGGAAACUCUCAUUCUCUUCAUCACCAACGCCAUGGAGUAGAGGACAAUGCUCAUGGUCACAUUGUCAUUCCCUUCAAAUACGCCUGGCCGAAAUCGUUCUCCUUGGUGUUGGAAGCACUGGACUUUGACAACAACACAGCGGACGUGUCAGAAUCAGGUCAGCUGAUUGAGCGGAUCCUGCUGUCGUCGAUGCUGAACCCUGGUGAGCAGUGGCAGGUUUACCGGCAUCACGGCCGCACUCUCAGUCUGGAGUACCGCCUGCGCUUCCGCUGCGACUCCAACUACUACGGACCGUUUUGCAAAGAGUUCUGCAGAGCUCGAGACGACUUCUUUGGACACUUCAAGUGUGACCCCAACGGCUCCAAGGUCUGCAUCGACGGCUGGACCGGCUCCGAAUGCAAAGAAGCUGUGUGUAAGCAAGGGUGUAACCAGCUACAUGGCCUCUGUAACGAACCUGGUGAAUGCAAGUGUCAUUACGGCUGGAUGGGGCCGCUGUGUGACAAGUGCCUGACAUUUCCUGGGUGCACGUACGGAAGCUGCACUGAGCCCUGGCAGUGUGUCUGCGAUGUCAACUGGGGAGGACUACUAUGUGAUAAAGAUCUAAACUACUGUGGCACCCAUCAACCCUGCAAGAACGGAGGGACAUGCACCAACACAGAACCUAACGAAUACCAGUGCGAAUGUCAAGACGGAUUUAAAGGGCGCAACUGUGAAAAUGUGGAACACGCCUGUUUAUCAUCUCCCUGUUUGAACGGAGCAACAUGUGAAGAGAACCCCUCGGGCUUCAGCUGCACCUGCACGGAUGGAUGGACCGGGCUCACCUGUGCACAAGUGGUGAGGCAGUGUGACCGCGGUCCAUGUGGACGGGGCUCCACGUGUGAGGAGGCUCCAGGAGGUUUCCGUUGCUUGUGUCCGCCCGGGUGGAGCGGCAGGACGUGCCAGCUCGACACUAAUGAAUGUGAACUCAAGAUAUGUGUCCAUGCACGUUCCUGUCGCAAUCUGAUUGGAGGAUAUCUGUGCGACUGUCUUCCAGGAUGGACGGGGCCUAACUGUGACGGAACAAACAGCAGCUGUCAAGGUUUAUGUUUAAAUGGAGGUCUUUGUGAGGAUUUUGCCUCUGGGUCCAGAUGUCAGUGCCCACUUGGCUUUUCAGGAAAAUACUGCCAGGAAGAGGAAAAUCUAUGUCAGAGCUUGUCCUGUCAAAAUGGAGGACAGUGUGUGGCAAAGGACCGAAAGAAUCCAACUUGCACCUGCCCCUUUGGCUAUGCAGGGACCUAUUGUGAGAUUGCCCCUGAUCCAUGUAACCCCAAUCCCUGUAAACAAGGUGUGCCCUGCCACAGCUCAGAAGGCAGGUACAUGUGUGUAUGUCCAGAAGGAUUUUAUGGAAAUGAAUGUAUGACCCUGAAAGAGCCGUGCAUUGGCCUGCAAUGUCCAGAUUCAAGGUCUGCCACCACUCCUGGUGGACUAAGCUUCUACGUGGUACUUGUGGGUACGUUGGCUUUAAUCAGUGUAUGUGGAUGUGCGGCCUGUGCCCUCAUCGCCUCACAUCUCCAUCAGAAGAGGAAAAAGCAGCAGACUGCCCCACCUGAAGAAGGAAUAAACAAUCAGAGAGAGUUUGCCAACCUCAUCAGAAAUGUGGACCGUCCUGCACCACAAAUGCCUCCUACAGCCCCUCUGGCCAAUGCUACAGGCAUGGCACCUGUGCCUCGCUGCUAUGAAGAGAUUGAACUCACACUGCCACCGUCUCCUGCUCCUUCACAACCCUCCCCAGCACUCAAGCCACUACACUCCCACAAACUGGACAUUUCAAAUCAAGAGCGGGAGAAACUCAAUCGAAUCCACAGCACAGAAAACCAAGAGCUUGAAGUUUGA